CAAGAUGCUAAGCCUGCUCGUAAUCGAAAAACUCGAUGGCUCUCACUCGUCAUCUCCAUCUACUCCGGCCCCCUCAUCCUCCUCCAAUCUCACCUUCAUUGUUACCAAAAUGCCCUUCUCUCCUCUCCUCCGCCCUACCUUUGAACCGCCGCCAGAGAUUUCCCGCGCUCCGCUUCCUCUGCUCCCCCUCAGAUCGAACGGAGCGCGCCGCCGCAGAGAGCUCCAGCUCUCCGUCGUCUUCGUCUAUAGUCGGCGAUUUGUUGGACUACCUUAACGAAUCUUGGACUCAGUUCCACGCCACCGCCGAAGCCAAGAGGCAACUGAUAGCUGCUGGAUUUCAAUUGCUUAAUGAGACUGAUGAUUGGGACUUGCAGCCCGGCGGCCGGUACUUCUUCACUCGCAAUAUGUCGUCUUUGGUUGCUUUCGCCGUUGGAGAAAAAUAUAGUGUUGGUAGUGGAUUCAAUGUGAUUGCUGCUCACACGGACAGCCCAUGCUUGAAGCUGAAGCCGAGAUCUACUGGCUCCAAAGCUGGGUAUCUAAUGGUAAAUGUGCAGACUUAUGGAGGUGGAUUGUGGCACACUUGGUUUGAUAGAGAUUUGAGUGUAGCUGGGAGAGUUAUACUAAAAGCUGGAGAUGGGUCUUAUGUGCAUAAGCUUGUCAAAGUGAGGAGACCAAUAUUACGUGUUCCCACUUUGGCCAUACAUCUUGACCGCUCAGUGAACACGGAAGGAUUUAAACCCAACUUAGAGAGUCACCUUGUUCCACUCCUUGCAACAAAAUUUGAGGAGGCACAAGUGAAGUCUGAGGAUAAAACUAUUUUAUCAUGCUCUUCAAAAAGCCUUCACCAUUCGCUGCUUCUGCAGAUUUUGUCUGAGGAACUUUCUUGUGAUGCUGAUCAAAUAAUGGGUUUGGAGUUGAACGUUUGCGACACCCAGCCGAGCUGUCUUGGAGGCGGAAAUAAUGAAUUUAUCUUUUCCGGUAGACUUGAUAAUCUUGCUUCAAGCUAUUGUGCACUUAGAUCUCUUCUUGAUUCUUGUAAAGCACCUGGAGAUUUAGCAAAUGAGCAGGCUAUCAGAAUGGUUGCUCUAUUUGAUAAUGAAGAGGUGGGAUCAGAGUCAGUUCAAGGGGCAGGUGCUCCUACCAUGUUCCAAUCCAUUAGGCGCAUUGUUGAUUGCUUAUCUCAUGAGUACAUGGGAGAAGGUGCUUUUGAACGUGCAAUACACUCUUCCUUUCUUGUGUCCGCUGACAUGGCACAUGGUGUGCACCCCAACUUCUCUGACAAGCAUGAGGAGCACCAUAGGCCAGAACUACAGAAGGGCCUUGUGAUUAAACAUAACGCCAAUCAGCGUUAUGCAACAAGUUCUGUUACAGCCUUUCUUUUCAAAGAAGUUGCUGAUAUCUGUAAACUUCCAGUUCAGGAAUUUGUUGUGAGAAAUGAUAUGGGAUGUGGAUCUACGAUUGGCCCCAUACUUGCCUCAGGUGUUGGUAUCAGAACCGUUGAUUGUGGUAUUCCUCAACUUUCAAUGCACAGUGUGCGGGAAAUAUGUGGAAAAGAAGACGUGGAUACUUCUUACAGACAUUUUAAAGCCUUCUUCCAGAUUUUUUCUAGCAUCGAUAAGAAGCUAAGUGUUGAUUUCUAGUUUAUAUGACUUUUACGUUCAUUGUUCAAUUGAAAUUUUAUUGUUUAUCAGGAGAGCAUUGUUAUUUUAUUUUUUACAUCUCUUUGAUUAACGAGAUUGUAUUGGUUUUGCCUA